ACACACUUUGGAACCUCACCGUGCGCAUGCGCCACUUAAAGUUAACACGCGUGUGGUUCCGACAGCAUGGCAGAUAAAGUUGAAUUGGAAAAAGCGCAGGUGAAGAAGGCCGUCCUAGCCUUACAGGCUUUCUUGAAAACCAAGUCUACGAGCGAAGCGCUGUUCCUGAACGAGACUCAGCAUAUUAGCCUACUCUUCACCCUUUGGAAGGUUCCUAAGUUGCCUCAGAGCAUCCGCAUUCCUUUGCCUCAUGGCCAGCGAACAGACACGGAGGAAAUUUGCCUCUUCACGAGAGAUGAGCCCCAGAUGACGCCAGAGCAGACGCAAAGAUUUUACAAGAAGUUGAUGGAAGAGAAGGGUGUCAAAAACAUAUCUGAGAUCAUACCAUUCAAAGUAUUGAAGACAGAAUACAAACCAUUUGAAGCCAAGCGCCGGCUUCUGGGGAACUUUGACCUGUUCCUCUCUGACGAUCGCAUCCGCCGCCUGCUGCCAUCCCACAUUGGAAAACACUUUUACGAGAGGAAAAGAGAGCCGCUGUCUGUGAACCUGCAGAGUAAAAAUCUAGCCAGAGACAUCCAGAGAGUCAUCCAGGGCACCACCCUGAAAGUUACCAACAAAGGCUGCUGCUGCAUGGCUCGUGUCGCCCAUUCCGGGAUGAAUGCAGAUGAGGUGACGGAAAACAUUGAGGCCACUGUCCAAACGUUGGUGGCCAAACUACGAAUGAAAGGUCGGAUGAUAAAGCUGAUCCACGUGAAGAGUCAGACAUCAGUGGCCCUUCCCAUCUACAACUCGAGCCUGAGCCACCUGAGGCGGGCGAAUACUCCUAAAGGCACCAAAACCACGCCAAAAAAGAAAAAAGGAAAGGAGGGCAAGCCAGAAAAUGAAAAUCUGGAAAAGGGGAAUGAAGAGGAGAAGAAGGAAGCGAAGGAGGACGGAAAAGAAGAUGAAGAAAUCCCACAGCUAGUUCCCAUAGAAACACCUAGCAAAAAGCCAAAACUGGAGAAAGCACCCAAAAACAAGCAGCUGCGGAAGGCUCCCAAACCCGCUGCUAAGAAGAAAGGAAAAAAAGCUCCGGGCAAAGUGACCAACAAGGCGGCAAAGGCAGAGUCCAAAGUGAAACGAAAAGGAGCUAAAGUGAAAUGAUCUUCACCGGAACUCGGUUGCAAAGCCUCUACACGAACAUUCGACUCCUUUUGCAAAGACCAGGAACGGGCUGCUUUGAUUUAUCUUUUCUUUAUUGCUAUAAACCUUAUCUGUAAUGAGAUCAUCGGUUGGUUUAGAGCCAUCGUCUCGAGUUUUUCCAACUCGUCAUAGCAGCAGUGACAAUUGUCAGAAUAACUUGUUUUAAUUGAGUCAUUUGUGCCCAGCGAGUGUUGAUCUUGCCACGUUCAGCCUGACAUCUGUGUUCCACAGCAGUGUUUUAGUGGGACGCCCACGGCGUGGCCUUAAGCUUUAAGGCUUAAACGAACUGCUAUUUGACGGGGCUUGUAUUUUACUUUAGAGUUUGAAUCUGCAGUGUUGUCGCGCGGUAGAAAAACAUGAACGUUCACAGGAAGACUGCUUGAAUACGUCCUGUCAAAAUAUAAACCUUAACCUUUCCAUCCCCUCUUCCAGCCAUUAAAAUCUAGCCACUCAAACAACAUUUUUGUGCUCUAA